AUGGACCAGACGUUAGGCUCAUUUCAAGAGCUGAAGUCUCAAAUGGGAACUUUUGAGGCCCAGCUGCGCCAAUCUUUGAAAAGUAAGGUCCACUUGGCGUCUAGCGUAACACUUACGUAUAAAGAGCAGUUCGAAGAACUAAAAGCUAAUCAACAGAACCUCAUUCGAAAAUUGGAUCAGCUGGAACAAAAGGAAAGGGAGUUGAAAGAUGAAAUCGAAACUUUCAGAAAAGACACAGACUAUGUGAAAACCGAUCUGGAGACGAAGCAAAUCAAGAAACAACAAUUGGAGUCACAACGUGAUGCGCUGCUGGAAGAGUCAAGAGAACUAGAUGGCAUGCUCGCUAAGAAGGAACAAGAAGUGAAGCAACAUAGAGAGAGGCUCAUGAGACAGAGACAGCGUGACAGCCCUGAAGUGCGCCUGUAUGAACAACUACUCGGUCUUCAAAUAGAUGCAUCACAGCCAGACACCUUGCAUUUCAAGUUUCAAAAUUUUGACGAUAAGAUGAUAUCUCGCUCAUGCGAACUCACACUAGAUGUAUCUGAAAAUACGUUUUCUAUCUUGAGUACCACCCCUGUGCUGAACAGUACUGAAGACCUCUCAGAAUUAGUUGAUAUUCUGAACGACUCUUACGAUAUUGCACAGUUUUUGGCAGCAUCAAGAGCCAAGCUAAUAUCCAAAACAAUCCGUUCAGAGUGA